ACUGUGUUGUCAGUCCCAGCUUGAGCUGCAGCUAGAACUAAUGUAACACUGAAUAAAUGACUGGGAGGGAGGGAGACAGACUCCAGCUGCAAGUGCAGUCUUUGGUCUGAAGAUAUUUCCCGGCUACUGCAAAGCUAUAAUUUAGAUUGUUUCUAACUGGAAGGCGCACAUGAAUAAAGAAUCCAUGGUCUGAGAAAUCUUUGCAGCUUUUAAAAGCAGAUGCAUUUUCAAUUGUCUUUCUGUUAAUUUACCACUGAUGGAAAAACUGCAGAGGUGCAUGCCUUUUAAACUGUGAUGCCAGACACUGCUCAGAUUUACAAAGGAAGAUACAGACCCUAUUCGGAUUUCUUAAGAUGAAACAAAAUAUUUCAAAUAUAAGGACGCCACAGCACUUUGGAUGAUAUCAACAGGACACCAUUUUCUUACUUGCACAAAAGGAGGGGUGCGUCAUCAUAAGACGGGGAAUAAAAAGGACAAUCUAUUCUCUGGGUUACAAAUCUGACUACUGCUUCAGGGGAAAGUGUGAUCUUGGCAACUUGAUGGAAACCAUACAUUUGUAAUGUAUUCUGACUUCAGAUGUACCUUUUUUAGUCAGACUAGGAAUUAAAGGUGGGGGGAUUCCCACUAAUUGCCAGAAAGAUCUCAAAAUUCUCCAAGGAAAUUAUACAUGCAAAGUGCAAAAAAAUUACAGUCAUGAGACCUCUGUCUAUAGUUGUUUGUUCUCAGUCUAGAAAUUAAAGGGGUAUCACUGUCCUAUGAUGAGCGCAGGGAAAAAACUGUGUGGCCAUGCAUUGUGCAUUAUUUUUUAUACCUCCAGAGUACACACAUAGAAGGUGAGAACUUGUUUCUUUCAGUAAGCACAAAAAAGGGAAAGAUUUUGUAAAAUAUGCAGAUUUUCUUUUCUGUAUAAUGUUUUAUUGUUCAUGUCUGGACAACUGGGAAGGAAGCUGUCCUUUAGGACAUAACAUCAUUUGAAAAAGGCAUUAAGUACAAGUACAAUUUAGUAUAAGUCCAGUGGCGCUACAUUUUGAAAUUAGUGUCUUGAAAUUAAAAAAAUAUUGUAAUACUUACAUUAACAAUCUAUGCAAAGAGAGAAAAUAAGAUAUUUGGGAUGGUCUUGCCUGUGUGGUUUCAAGUUUUUGGAAACAUACGUGAGGAAAUGUUGAAUGGAGAGCAUCUAGGAUUCGAUAUAUGUUUUUCUGCCUGAAAACCAGUGGAAUAAAACAUUACCAUAGCAUGCUGGAUUACUGAGUCCGACUGCUGCUGCUGCCAAAAUAAGUUGAAACCCAUUUGCUUCAGGGACAUCUCCAAGGGACACUGCAGAGGAAUUUCUGAUGAGUAGUAGGUAAAAAGGUGCAAAUUACAUUUAAAAAAUUCCAGACAGACCACCCCAGUGUAUUUCAGGAUUAUGGAGUAUGAUCGGGACAUGUACCGCCAGUUUCAGGACUGGUGUCUCAGGAUUUAUGGAGACUCAGGAAAAACUAAGACAGUGACUCGUAAGAAAUACGACCGUAUUGUCCAGCUACUAAAUGGAUCUGAGACCAGCACUACAGAUAAUGCUAAAUUUAAAUUUUGGGUCAAAUCUAAAGGAUUCCAGCUUGGAAAUCCAGAAGAAGUCAAUGAUGGAAGGAAGCAAAUACUGUACGUGCCAGUCAAAACAAUGGAUGGCGUAGGCGUCGAUGAGAGACUGUCUUUAAGAAGAGUUGCUGUGGUUGAAGACUUCUUUGAUAUAAUCUAUUCCAUGCAUGUAGAGACUGGGCCCAACGGAGAGCAAAUACGGAAGCAUGCAGGACAAAAGCGCACUUACAAAGCGAUUUCUGAGACCUAUGCCUUCUUACCAAGAGAAGCAGUGACUCGUUUUUUAAUGAGCUGCUCGGAAUGUCAGAAGAGGAUGCAUUUAAACCCUGAUGGAGUUGACCACAAGGAAAAUGGAAAACCUGCUCCACUGGUAACCAGCAUGAUUGACUACAAUAUGCCAAUCACCAUGGCUUACAUGAAACAUAUGAAGCUGCAGUUAAUGAAUGCCCAGCAGGAAGAGGAUGAAAGCUCUACCGAAAGUGAAGACUUUAAUAUGAGUGAUUCCACCAGGAUAUCAACUGUCAACUCUGACCGUAGCUCUAACCUUGAAGAAAGAAUACAAAGUCCACCAAAUCAUCACAGUCAGCAAGAUGAUGAUUCCGCCGCAGAGAGCUCUAAUGGCAAUGAGGCAGUGAAAGAGAGUUCAAGUACAGCAGGUGGGCUACAGUGUAGAGUGAAACCAGAAGUCAACAGUAAUGGCAAAGCAUAUAUGGACCGAGACGAGAAGACUGUGACCUUAAAUGAGAGCCCUCGACCUACUCAGAUAACAUCGGAAUACAGAAUGGAUGACCUUGGCACUAACGCAAGGAGCAAAUUCAAGACCCUGCUUAUUUCGGACAUAAAGGUGGAGAAAGAUACGAGAGAAAAUGGGAACAAGUCUCCUGCACACAGCUACUCAAGUUAUGAUUCGGGUAAGAACGAAAGUAUAGCAGGGGGAGCAGAAGAUCUGUCUUUGAAUCGUGGUGAUGAAGAUGAAGAUGAUCAUGAUGAACAAGAUGAUGCAGAAAAGGUUAAUGAGGGUGAUGGUGCAGAAGCUGAGCGCCUUAAGGCUUUUAAUAUGUUUGUCAGGCUGUUUGUAGAUGAAAACCUGGACCGAAUGGUCCCUAUUUCUAAGCAGCCCAAAGAAAAGGUCCAGGCUAUCAUUGAUUCAUGCAGGCGACAAUUCCCUGAGUACCAAGAGCGUGCCAGGAAACGCAUACGCACUUACCUCAAGUCCUGCAGGAGGAUGAAAAGAAAUGGUUUUGAGAUGUCCCGGCCUAUACCGUCACACCUGACUUCAGCCAUAGCAGAAAGCAUCUUAGCCUCAGCAUGUGAGAACGAAAGUCGAAAUGCUGCUAAAAGGAUGCUACUGGAGAGGCAGCAGGAUGACUCUGCUCCACCAGAAAAGCAGUUCAAACAAGAAUCAUCCCCAGUUCACCAUCCUACAUCAGUUGUUUCCAACACGCAGGAUGUGUUGUACAUCAAUGGAAAUGGGACCUACGGUUACCAUAGUUACAGAGGCCUUGGAGGAGGGCUGUUAAACCUGACUGAUGCAGCAAGCAGUGGUCCUACAGAUUUAAGCAUGAAGAGACAAUUAAACACAAGCUCUGGCCCUUCCACUGGCACAGGUUCUAAGCCCCAACUGAAUUCUACUGAAGUUAAUGCUGUAAGACAGCUCGUUGCAGGCUACAGAGAGUCAGCUGCAUUUUUACUCCGUUCGGCAGAUGAACUUGAAAACCUGAUUUUACAACAAAACUGACCCUUAUUGCCUCCUGCUUAAUCUGCCUAGUAUCCACUCUGCACAAGUCACCCUUUCAUGGGUUUAACUACUCAGUGCAGAUGCCUGUGGUAUGGUUACUGCGCACUAUCUCUGGAGAGCUGUCAAUCAUGAUGAUACAUUAUACUGAAAGCACAGAGCGUGAUCGGUAAGAUGCUGUGGGGAAAAUGAAGAUUUUUUUAUGAGGUAAUGAAUGUGAUUGUAAGUUAUAAUAAAUCGUGACAUAAGUACUAUAUAUAAUUUCCUUCAGUUGUGGAGAGAUGGGAACUGAAAAUGAUGCAAGGUUGCCAUUGGUUGGAGAUACAUGUGCAAUAUUAAUGUAAUAAGCUACUGAGUCACCAUUCUUUAAGCUCAGUGUGCAAGAAAAGGAUAUUACCAUCAUCUCCUUCUGUUAAUUCAGAGAUUAGUUCCAUGUUUUGAGGCUGGACAGAAGGAAGCAAAUGAGUGACAAGACAGAAUGUAUUGUGCUAACUCUACUUCAGAGUCCUGAAAGAGAUGCUGUUUAAUUUACUUUUCUCCAUAACCUUCCCCUGAAGAAAUUAUUCUUUACAGAUAAUUUUUGCUUUCAUUUUUCAGUCCACUUGAAAGAAUGGCUAUGAAUAUUAUAAACUGGUCUCAUUUAGAAAUGUCAGAAUGACUACUUUUACAAAAUACUUUGUAUAGGAUUAUAACUUCAAAGAAAAUCAAGCACUCUACUCUGAAGCUUACAUCAUCCUGAAAUACAGCACAUUAACAAGACAACAUCAACAUGUUCAUCAAUUAGAAACGUUUGUUUUUGGUGCACAUAAGGUGAUUGCAUUUUUAGAAUCACCCAUAUGGUUCCUAUGGAUCAUAACUGCUGUUUACUGUAUGUGUCAUGAUGGUGGGGUAUAGCUAAUUGAAUGUUAAAAGGUUGCAAGUGACAAUCUAAAACUUUGCACUCAUGUAUAUUUUUCACUUUACAAAACACUGCAGAAAAAAGGCCAUGUAACUCUUUUAAUGUGGUUUGUAUAAUUUCCAUAUUAACAUCUGUAAAUUAAGCUAUAAAUUGAUGCAAUUCCUACAUUUUGUGAACUACUGUAGUUGUAAUUUUCUUAGCUCAUUCUUUUAUAGAAAGCAUAAUGUAUUUUAAUGAUAUGUGUGUUUCAUGUCAAGGUAUUAUUUUUAAGUGUGCAAUGAAAGCAUUUUGAUUUAUGCUUGUUUCUAUGAAAUUAUGAAUCCUAUAUUAUUAUUAUUGUUAUGCUAUUCAGUUGAGUCAUUCAGCUUUUAUUGAAACAGUUACUUCUGCUUUCCUGAGAUGGCCUUAUUUUAGGUAUGAAUCUACAGCAGUAAAGUUUUAGACUCCUCUCCCUAUAAUGUUGUUACAAAUGAACCCAAUUUGUUACAUAUCAAGAGGGCAUGCUGCGGUUUUUAUAUAAUAAGAAUUGAUACUUCUACAUCCCAGGGCAUCUCAUAGUACUGUUGUUAUGGCUUUCAACAAUGACGAAUUUACAGCUUUGUAGAUGUUUCUUUUUUUUUUUUCAGACAUGUAGAAAACAAUAGGGGGAGGGUUCUGUGUGCCCCUUCCAACUAUUUUGAUCAUGCAGAACUAAGACAUUGGGACAGAAUGUAAAAUCUCAUUCCUCUAAUUUUUCCAUUUCAUUUAUUGGAUAAGGGGGUCUGUUUUAUUAAGACUGGAUAUUUUCUCAUAAUCUCCUUGUGCUGCUUAACUGCAUUGUAUCUUGUCUCCUUUUUGUGAAAUUCUGAAAAAAAAUGAAAUAUAUGGUUAAAAAACUAAACUACAUAUGAAAAGUUACCACUCAAAGACAUGCAAUGGCAGGACCAUUGUACCUGUAACAAAAAAAUAGACUUGUACAAGCUCUACUUACUGGUUUUCUUAACUGCAUGCUAGAUGAAUUAACCAAUCCUGCCCUUCCAACCUCUUUCUUGUACAUAGAUGAACAUGUGUUUUGUAAAAAUUUGGUACAGCUGGCUGAUGACUACGUCAGCACUGGCUGUCUAUCACAGUUAGCUGAUUUUGAUAUUUUCUUUGAAGAAACCCCCUGCAACCCUUACUUAAUUACAAUUUACUCUUGGAUACUAAAAUCUCUAAGAAUGCUAUAUAUAUAUGCAGUCAAAAGGCUCCACUCUAUUGGAUGGUCCUAAUCAGACAGGCAUUGAUGAGAUGAUCUUUGAUCAAAUUAUUGAAAACUAUUUUGUAUUUACAUGUCUUCUGUGAAGGAAUCAAAUGACAGUGCAACAGGAAUACUUGGAAUUCCAUACAACUUUAUGUAUGCAGUGCUUAGCUAUUUUUUUUAAAUAUCAUCACUUUUAUGUCAUUUUCAUUUCAUUUUUGACUCAAGGCAAUCAGUACCAUCAUGUCAUUUAAGUAUUUUGUUUUUCAUUGUCAGCACACAGUUCUAUUCUUCCUGUUUUAAAGACUUAACAUUUCUUAUAUCAGCUUACUGGAACUAUUUAAAGGGUCUCCAGUUUCUAAUUACUUAAGUUGGGUAGUCUGGGAGAUAUAUUGGUUUAUGAGAUUAAUAAGGUAAAGGAGGCAAUCUGUUGUGUAAGGUAUGCCUGUCUGCUUUAAUUCUACAAAAACUGCUAUGAAGCAAAGUGUGAAAACAUUCUUCUGCAGACAGUUUAUUUAGCUGUUUGAAUUAUAACUUGAGUUUUCCUUUUAAACUACAUGCUACAUCCAUUGAGAACAUUACCAAAUUAUUCAACCAAUAGUGUACAUUAUCAAGUUAUUCAAUUAGCUAUAUUAGAUGGUAAAAAGAAAUAAUUAAGUUAACAAGCUACUUUCUGUAGUACAUGGUUUGAGUCCUUCAUCCUCCAUCUGCCUACUAUAUGACUCUGAACAACUCAUUUAGCCAGACAGUUCUCCCAGCAGGAGUCUGAAAAAAAUCCACGCAGAUCAGUACUCUAUCCUCAUUAAAAAUGCAAGCAAAUAAACAAAUCAAAUAAAUAAGCAGAAAAUGGAGGCCCAAGCAAACUUACAAAAACUAUACAUAAAUAAAUAAAGAUAUUCUUAAAGAAACAAAAAUAUAUCCAACAGCCACUGAAAUAUAGAUGUCUGUUGACAUGAAGACACAAAGGAUAUAAAGAACAGAAGAGUUUAAUUGUUCUUUUAAGGCAGAUAGUCAGGAACAGCAAGUAAAUGCCAUCAGCUAAAGAAAGAACCCUUUUGUGCAAUACUAAAAGAGAGUCUCCAGAUCUGACUGAAAGGUACCAACAAGCCAAGAAGGCAAUGUGCAGCUGUCACCAAAGCAAAAGUAUGGGUGGGACAUUAGUAAGACAGAGUACUGGAGAAAGCAAACCAUCCAUGAGUGGGAGGCAGCAUAGUUUCCACAGUAUUUCCAGCAAGGGAAUAGUAACAUUGGCCUUGACUGAAGACAUUUCUGAGAGAUGAAAGAAACCUUUUAAGGAACUCAUGAAUCCUAUAGACAUGCCUUCCUCUGAAAAGUUAGUGCAAGAAGCAGAUGGUAGGAUUUGCUGCACUUCUGCAGACAAGGUUACUACAGUCCUUAAACAGAUCCACUCAGUCUACUGUGUAGCAGUGGAUGAGAUCUGGCUAGAAAUGCUAAAGAUGCUGGGCAUCAUUGGGGUCUUUGUUAAUAUGCAUUUCUAUGCUGCAUGGAAGAUUGUGACAUUACUUUGAAUUAGGAAAAUAAUAUAGUAACCUCCAUCUUCAAAAAGGCUUCAAAAAAGGAGACAGAAAAGUGUCUUCAUGUUAUAGAGGGAUCUCACUCCUCAGUCUCCCUAUGAAAACCUGUGUCGGGGUACUGUAAAGGAAAAAUUGUCUAUCUAGCAGUUGAACUUCUAAGUCAUGAAGAGAAAUGCAGUUUCUCUUCUGGAAAUUGAACACUGGACAUUUCUUUGCCCAUGCACAAAUAUUGGAGGGGAUGAGGAGAGUCUGACAAUACUGUCUCCAUUGUUUGUGGACCUAAACUUAGUAUCCCAUUUUUUGUGGGAAAUGCUACAGCAGUAAAAGCAUCUGCUCCAUGACAGUCCAUCCCUAUAUCUGUUUGCAUUCUUGGUAUUAUAUUAAUUACAUUCAUCAGUGAAUAUGAUCUCAAGCGUGCAAAGGAAUGGUGCACUGCUGAGUGUGAAAUGGUUCAACACCUCAAAAUUCAAGGAUAGAGCUGUCUCUAAGAAAACGGUGGAUUGCUCUGUACAGAUAAUGGAGUCCUCACAUGGAGUUUAAGUCCUUGGGGUAUUAUUCAAAAGCGAGAGUAGAUGGAUGCAGGAUACUGAUCAGUGGAUGGAUGCAGUGGCAGCACUACUGCAGACAUUGAACGAGGCAGUGGAGGAGCAAAAACAAAGUCAUAUAAUUAUCCCCUCAGUUUGCUGGUCAGGCUAUGAUUGUCCUUAUCCUCACUUAAGGUCAUAAGGUUAGAAUAGUGAUAGAAAGGAUGAGAUCAAAAACAGAAACAAUAUAAAUGGAGAUCCUUUGCAGGGUGGCUGGGCUCAGUCUUAGUGACAGAAGGAAGAACUUGGCAGUCCAGGAGGAUUUUGAAGAAUAGCCACUGUUUGUUCAGCUGACAGUAGUCAGUUGAGGUGGCAUGAACACCUUAUGAGGAUGAGAUCUGAGUACCUCCUACAGGACAUGUGCCAGAUGUAAGCAACAGGAAGGAACCUCCAGGGCGUGUUAUAGGAAUUAUAUCUCAUAGCUUGCCUGGAAAUCACUGGAAACCCCACAUGAUUAGCUGGAGAAUAUUACUGGCAGUAUGGAAUUUUGUUAUUCUAGCUGGACAAUAUUACUGGCAGUAUGGAAUUUUGUUAUUCUAGCUGGACAAUAUUACUGGCAGUAUGGAAUUUUGUUAUUCUAGCUGGACAAUAUUACUGGCAGUAUGGAAUUUUGUUAUUCUAGCUGGACAAUAUUACUGGCAGUAUGGAAUUUUAUUCCCUGCUAAGUUUGCUACUCCAGUGGUCCACAGCAGAAACAAGUGGUUUAAAAAAGGGAUGAAGAGAUGGAUGAAUGCAUGGUUGGUUGGUACUGCACAGCAGGCUAUUUCUGUGCUAUUCCACUAAUUUAAGUAUGCCUUUUUAUUUUUGCACAUUCAACAUUUGGAAAUAACUACUAUACAUUAUUUCGUAUGUUUUAAUACAGACAGGAAUUCUCGAAAAAAUAAAGAAUUAUAUAUUCAGUUACAGUAUUAUUUAACUGCAACUAAUUUCUGCAAUAUGGUAUCGCACUUACAAUUUUCUCCAUAAAACUAUGUUUAGCAGGUCUAUCCAGCAGCCUACUAAAGCUGAAUACACAUUAUAUGACCAGAAUCUAAGGUGGUUCCACAGCAAUGUCACAGUGUCACAUCUAAUGGAAGCAUAAUCCUAUUGAUUUGAUUGUUUUAAGAUGCAACUUCACUUGUGGAAGUACCAUCUGCCUUCCUGGGUAGUAAAUUGCUGCAUUGCAUUUUAGUCAUUCUCUGAAAAACUUUUGCAAAUUGUGUUUAAGUAGCUUGUCAUUCCAAUAGCCCUAAAGCACAUAAACUGAGGUGUCAUCAGCCGUUAACUGGGGAGUCAUGCAGAGCAUGCAGUGACAACCCAUAUGUGUAUAAUAUGAAUAAAAGUUAGACACUCACACAGCAGACUGCAAGCCAAAAAGAUCCUAGAUAUUUCAGUACUUAUGUAUUAUCUCAACCAGGUUCCAAACCAGUAAUACGUAAUUACCCCUACUUAUUCUUAUACAGUGUUGUGCCAAAACAUUAACGAGUUAAACAUUCUGCAUCCUAAACUGUGCAGUACUGAGACAUUCAAGCAAAAAUAUAUCAUCCACAAUUUAGCUCUUACAGAGUAAACAGUCUGCUUAAGAUAAGGAAAAACAUUGUGCCAUUCUGUGGUUGCUGACACAGUAAAAAAUGUCAGAGCAUUCAUUAUCUUUUGUAUAUUGUACUUGUGAAAAUACCAGUACCGUCAUUAACUAUUGUACAUGAUCACAAAGUGAUACAUUUUUUAUUUUCUUCUUCAGAAAAAAUUCUAGAUCCUUUUACUGUUUAGGUAAGUGAAUGGUAAGAAAUUACCAUAGCUGUGGUCUUUAUUUUUAAGCUACAGUUCUGGCGUUUACUUAUUUUUACUCUGCGAGCAGCCCGCAAAUAGCUGAGAAGGUUUGUUAGUAAAAUGAAAGAACAAGUUAAAGUGGGUCAUUAUGUACUGUACUGUCCCCACUCCUCUCUCGGGAAAAUAAACGGUAAAAAAAUCAGUACUUGCGUAUUAUCAAGUUGUUUGGAACCUGGUAGCCAUAAUACGUAAGUACCGAUAUUUCUUAUGGCUGAAGUAGUCGUGCAUGCAAGCCAUACAAAUAGAACAAUAAAUGUAUGUGGCUGUGUGUAACUAUAAAUUUAUCAGCACUGGGAACAUGAAUAUCUUGCUAUGGUACUUUCACUGAAACCUUCUCCAGAGAUGAACCAUUUUGUCAAAUGAGCAACAUUAGUGAAAUGGUGAGCAAGUCCAUCCCCAUUCCACUCUACAUUCAGGAGUCGUUGGCCUUGAACCCCUUACUUCUACCUCUGCAGUAACACAACUUCAGGAGUGGUUUGUUAAAUUUGAUGAAACUGCCCAUUGCUAAACAAGGACUCGAUGAACUGACAAAAGUAUUUCAUUCUCUAUAAUAUAUCUCUUUGUAGUAGAAUGCUGAUAUGGCUAUAUCAAUAAGGUCAUUCCCUACAAAUUUUUCAAAAUGGCGUUCAUAUGCACUUUCACAUGGUUUAUUGAAAGUUAGCCUCACUCUAAAAACAAGGUUCAAGUUCACCAAAUAUAUGACUCAUGCAGCCAUGUGAGUACCAUAGUAAGCAGGCUUCUAUCAUUUUACUUGAUUUUGUGUUUUCCAUCUUAGCAUACUCCUCAACUUUACUUUAAUUUGUGAUACAAUCAGUCUUGAGACUAAAAGUUCAAAAUACAAUGAAGUCCGCUAUAGCAAUGCACUUUCUGUUUGCAAACCACAGAAUAUCUUAAAUUGUUAUGAAUUUAUCAUUCGAAAUUUCAUUGAACAGUGCAGAAAAUUGUCAUUACGUUGAUAAACAUGAUUCUUGGAGGACAAAAUGAGCCAAAACCCUCAUAAUAUGUAAGAUUUUUGAGUUAUGCAUCUUAAUUUGGAUCAAGUGCUCUCCCAGAUUUGCCUGUUUGCACCAGAGAUCACAGAGCAGAGGAAAUGUCUAAAGCUAAGUUUAGGGCACCAAUGGUGAGAUUAAAAAAGCUUGUUGCCAAAGGAGCUGAAGGUUCAUCAAAUGCAUAGAAGUUACAAUAUUAGUUCUCUCAGUGCACUUCAUUUUAAAUUUACAAAAGCCAGCAGACCAUUUUUCUAGAUCUUUCUGAGCCAUAAUAGGAGUGGAAAAGAAGCCAUAUGGCUGCUAUUAUUUGUCAUCAUUGAAUGCAAACUUCUUGAAAGUUUGAGGUGCUAAUUUCCUUUUUUUCAGUAAAUUUGAAUAUAUGCACCAUUUAGUUUUCCUAAUGGGGAACAUAAAAGAACAAGCAGUAAAACUAUACAAGCAUUAAUUGCAUAUUGCCUAUAAUGACUUUCUCUACUGGAAUCUAAAAGAAGCAGUAUCAUCUAAAUAGUGUCACAGGAAGCUUUCUUACAAUGUAAUCUUAUGGCCCAUCAGAAAGUAAACCAUGCUCUAGGUGCCUUAUUUGAAGAGGCAUUCAACUUUUGCCUAUGAAGUCAUUAGUCUUGGUAGGACAGUUUUUUUAAAGCAUGCUUUGAUAACUUAUGCUUUAAGGACCGUAGUUGUAAAUCAAUUUAGCGUAGAUGGUUUAAAGAUAUACAAUAUUAAUGAGCUUUAGUCUGUAGUCAUGGGCUUGAUUCCCUUGGUUUCUAUUUGGCCACAGUAUGACUUCAAAGAAGUUACUUAAUCACUGGCAGUGUUCCUGGGUUGCCCUGGAAAGAUGUAUAUAUGUCUCCUGGGUUUUCUUUGUAAAUAAAAAUAAAACCCCUAGGCUUGUUGCAUUUCAGCCACAGGUCUUCCUAGAAACCUAAAUAUUUUCCUUCAAAGAUGUGGUAAUCUCUUAACUGGCGAUACUAAUUAACGGUGCUGUACAUUAGUAUUAUGAGUUGAAAGAAGACUAUGGCAAUUGGCACAGCAAAUUAUUCCUAAAGAAAUAUAACUUGAUGGAUCAUUUUUGAUGAAUUGCCCCUAACCAAACGAAUCCUGUAUUAUACUCUUUUAAUAUAAACUAUACAUUCAGGUGAAAGUGGUACUAGGACAGAUGUUGCAUACCUGGCACGUGCCGUCCUUUCCAUGGAUCACUUUUGGUGCUGCCCAAUUAAGUGUCUUUGAUGAAAUAUAUAAUUAUAAUAGACAUAAUUGUAAUAGACAGGGGUCCAGGGAAGUAAAUAGAGUGGGAAGAAAUA